AUGAAAUUGAAGCUAAUGACAAGAAGUACUGAGAAACUUAAAGAGACUUUAUUGCUAAUUACACAUCUUCGAAAGUUUGUCAUACUAAAGUUUAGUCCCGAAGAGCUUAGUAUUAUUCUGGUUAAUGGUGGUUCUAUUAACCUGGAACCUCAAGUCUGGUGCAAGCUUCCAGCUCAUAGUCAUUUUGAAGUAGUAGAUGUUCAAAGUAUGAGGGAUAAUAUUAUUCUGAUGGAGAUAAAUAUCGAUCUUUUACUUCAAACUUUGAGAAAUUUCGAUAAGGCAAAUAGUGAAGGGUUGAACAUUAGGCUACAAAGAACAGAUACUAGUGGCGAGCCAAGCACUGCCACGAAAAACGGAAGGACGGCGUCGUUGGCUCUUUUUUAUUCCAAUACCAAUGUCAAUUGCAAUAUAAUCAACCAUACGUUUAGGAUCCCCGUUAAGAUUUUACGAGAGGCCCAAGAGAUUCUCAAUGAACCGGUGCACCGAGAUCAUGGAUUAAUCAUGCGGUUGCCUAGCCAGUUUGUCACUAUGUUUAAGAGAUUGGAAAAGUUUAAAAGGACAAAUUUUAACGAUAGAAUGGUGAUACAGGCUAGUAGAAGCAACGGCGGGCUGUUACGGUUUAUUUUAGAAGAGGAUGGCAAAUUCAAAGUUACUAUAAGUUGGAAUGACCAAUUGGAGGUGCAUAAAACGACAAGCAGUAACGCAGAUUCGAUGAGAGAAUCGUUGCAUAAUGGUAAUGUCCACUCGGAUGAUGAGUCUAGUGCGGACAAUCUUGAGGAAUUGGAACUUGGAGUGAAAUUGAAGGACUGGCAACAAGCUUCAAGGAUAGUAGGGAGAUGCCGCACAGUCAUUCUAUACAUUGCCCAGCGUCAAUGCAGUUUACAUUGUUUAUUGGAUGAUACCGAUGAUGUGGAAUUGAUAUACUUUAUUAAUGGCGUAAGAAGCAUACCUUUAUAG